UUGCUGUCAAAACGAGGUUGCACGUCGUCGUGCGAACACCAUAAAAAACUUCUCUCUCGCGCGCUACCCUAUUUAAAAUAAAUUAUUAAAAUAUUUAAUAAAAUAAAUAUAAUCAACAAAAUGAAUUAAACAAAAUAAAAUAAAAAAAAAAAUAUUUUAUAAACGACAAAGUUUUCAAAUAAAAACACCACGUUUCAAAAUAUAUAACAACAAAGUUUUAAAAGUUUCAAUCACACACCAACACACACACACAAAAGAAAAUAAGCAGAAAAGAAAAAGCAAUGAAAUCAUUUAUAUCAUCUCUCUUCGUCAUAAUCAUUCAAAUUAAAUUUUAAAAAGCACGUGUAGUGAAUAAAUAUAAUAUAAAAAAAAGAAGUUCAAGUGUGAAUUUAUUUUCUUCGACUUUUUGUUUAUUUUUGUUUUAGAUGGAAAAUAAAAUAACAUAGUUUUUCUUUAUUUUCUCGUCGUCGUUUUGAUCAUCGUCGUCGUCACUUUUUGCAACUUGCUGCAACACUUAAACGGGUUUUGUGUUGUUUCUUAAUUUCUAAACUGUUUGCUGCUGUUUAUCCAUUGGAAUUUCUCUGUUUUUCUUGAUUUUCUUUUAUAUUUUCGUUGCGAGAUUCUUCAAAGUGCAAGAAAGCAAGGAUUCGAAUUGUUUGUUUGGAUUUGGAUCUAUAAAUGUUUGUGAUUAAUUUUUUGGAUCUUUUGUUGUUAGUUUGAAGAAUUUUACAAAGACGGUAAUAACGCACGUGUGUGUGUUGACCGUUUUUUUUUAUAUUUUUCUCCAAGAUCUGCAUCGACAAGACAAAAAAAAAAGGAGUCGAAGACAAACGAACGACUUUUCAUUAUUUUGAAAAAGUGCAUCGCAACAUAGAAACAAUCUCACAAUGGUGCAGGCUUUAGAUGAAUAUGAUGUUCAAACGGACAUACCACAAGCGAUUCAGCUUCUUGGAGAAAUGAAUAGCAAUGUUAAGCAAGUGACAGAUUUAGUUGAGGGUAUGCUGCAGCGAGUGAAACGUGGUGAACUAACAACAGAAUAUGGCUUAAGUUUUCUUGAAGUUAAAUAUCAUAUGUUAUUGGAUUAUUUAAUUAAUCUCACCUAUGUUGUUCUUAGAAAAUGUUCAGGAGAAACAAUAGAAGGAAAUCCAUCCAUCGAAAGACUUAUUGAAAUUCGAACAGUGUUGGAGAAAAUCCGCCCGAUUGAUUAUAAAUUGCGUUAUCAAAUUGAUAAAUUAGUUAAAACAGCUGUAACUGGUGUUUCGGAUUCAUCGGAUCCAAUUUUGUACAAACCAAAUCCAGAAAAUAUGCUGACGAAUUAUGAUGAAGAUGAUUCUGGGUCUAAUUCACAAUCAGAUUCGGAAGAUGAUGACGAAGUGGAUGAAGCUGAUGAAGCUUCAGUGAAACCUAAAAAGUCAUUAACAGCGACGACGAAAAGUGGUAUUUACGUGCCGCCUAAAAUAAAACCGGUCUAUUAUGAUGGAGAUGAAAAACCUGCCGAUCGGGAUAGGAAAUUAAUUGACCGUGCUAAAAAAAGGGCUAUGACAACCUCAAUGCUACAAGAUUUGAAAGAAGAGUACCUUGAUGCACCAACUGAAAUCUCGUCCGGCUCUAGAGCCCAGCAAAUAAUUUCAACAGCACAAAAAGAAAAACAGGAAUACGAAGAGGCUUAUCUGACACGUCUGCCUGUAACAAAAGCCGAAAAACAUCGGCAAAGAAAACUCACUACACUUGGUACAAUUGGUGACGAUAUUCUAAAUGAAAUAAGUCGUGAUCCAAAAUUAUCAGCCAGUGGUGGUGGUAGUAAUAAAAGAAAGAAGAAGGCCGGCAAGAAACGUGGUGGUAAAAAAAGGAAAUUCCAUUAAAAAUUGUUUAAAAAACAUUUUUUUUUUCGUUUCUUUAAAUUUCUUUUAACUCUUCAUUAAUUUUGUCAAAAACGUUUGUUUAUAUUUUGUUUGCAAAAGAAAAACAACCAACAAAAAUAUAUAUAUUUUAGUCUUAAGAUAUUAAUUGGUUAUACCUUUUAUGAUUAUAUUCAAAAAAACAAGAAAAAAAAAUGAAACAAACAUAAAACAAAAAAGGAUAUUAUUUAAAUUUAGAAGAAAAAUUUUGAAACAAAAUUUUAAACAAAAUUUAAAAAAAAAUAACAAAAUUAAAAACAAAAUUAAACUGUUUGUGAAAUACAAAAUUAUAGAAAAAAAAAACAGUUCGUUCCACAAAGAAAAAAAAAAAAACAACAAAUACUGUCUGAAUGAAACACAAAUAGAUAUUUAAAGAAAAAUAAUUUUAUUUUGUUUUUGUUAUAAAUUAAUUUGUUUUUCUUCUCCUUACUCUCGCAAUUAACAACGAUUUGUUUUAAUCCUUUUUUUUAUAAUUAUAUUAUUAUUAACUAAUUUGCUUUAAUUUUUUUUUUCUCAAUAUAAACAUUUACAUAUAUUUAUGUUUUGUUAAUUUAUUCUUUGAAAUUUUGUUGAUUUAUGUAGACAAACAAAAAAAAAUAUUAAAAUAUUACUUUGUAAUA